AUGGGGCUGCAGUGCAUAGCGGCAAACCAGCUCACCACUGGGGGACUCAAUGUCGCCGAGGAGAGGAGGCCGAUUCCAUACCGUAAUUUGGCCGUUGGAGCGGUGAUGAACGUCUUUCAAGUUACAACAUUGGGCCAGCCAAUGGAGGUGCUCAAGACACAUCUAGCUGCGAACAGGCACGACUCACUGAAAGACGCAGUCCAAAAAACAUGGGCUCGUGGGAAAUGGUCAGCCUUCUACCAAGGCUUGAUACCGUGGGCAUGGUUGGAAGCCUGCACAAAAGGAGCAAUCCUUGUUCUCACAGCAAGCGAAAUCGAAUAUCACGUCCGAAAUAAGCUACCAAAUGCAUCGCCGACGUUGGGUGGGAUACUGGGCGGGAUUGGCGGUGGAUUUGCGCAAGCCUAUCUGACGAUGGGCAUGACAACGUGCAUGAAAACAGUCGAGGUCACCCGAUCCAAGGUUUCUGGACAGGGGGUAAAACCUCCGGGGCCACUAAAAGUAUUCUUCGAGAUUUUUCGGGAGAAAGGGAUUCGCGGGAUUAAUAAGGGCGUCAACGCUGUCGCGCUGCGGCAGGUAACGGGCUGGUCGUCGCGGAUCGGCAUCUCGAGGUUUGCAGAAGAGAGUAUUCGGUCUGCAACGGGCAAGGCGAGGGAUGAGAAGUUGAGAUUCGGUGAUAAGAUCUUAGCGUCGACUAUUGGGGGCGCAUUGAGCUGUUGGAAUCAGCCAUUCGAGGUCCUCCGGGUUGAAAUGCAGUCAAUGAAGAGCGAUCCAGGACGGCCGGCAAAGGCAACAAUUGUGUCGACUUUCAAGCACAUUCUCGACACUUCCGGGUUUAGAGGAUUCUUUCGUGGGGUAGUUCCUCGGAUUGGGGUUGCCAGCUGGGCAACAAUCUGCAUGGUGGGAUUUGGCGAUACUGUCAAGGCCUGGGUGGCUACAAAACAAUAA